AUGUAUUUUGCAAUUCCAGUUUUUUUUGUAGCAUUAGUGAUAGAAGUUUCUAUACAGAUCUAUAAAGUUAAAUAUAAAAAUGAAAAAUCAGAUCAUGAUUUUAAUGACACAAUUUGUUCAAUUCUACUAGGCUCGUUACAGGAAACAUUUCAUUUUUUUAUUAAACCUUUAUUUUAUAUACCAUAUCUAUAUGUAUGGAGCAAUUUUAGAAUUUAUAAUAUAUCAACUGAUAGUUGGGCAAGUUUUAUUAUUGGAUUUUUAGGUAUUGAUUUUUCAAUUUAUUGUUUUCAUAGAAUGGGACAUGAAUUUAAUAUAUUUUGGGCAAUACAUGUAGCACACCAUUCAUCAGAGUUUUAUAACUUUUCAUCAGCUAUUAGACAAGGGAUGUUUCAAUAUUUAUCACCAUGGUUACAUUAUUUACCAAUGGCAUUUUUUGUUCACCCUAUCCAUUAUUCUUUUCAUCAUCACUGGAAUAGAAUAUUACAAUUUUGGCUUCAUACUAAAUUAUUUGAUUUUGAAUGCAGAUGGAUGGAAUAUAUUUUUAUUACUCCUAGGUUACAUAUGGUUCAUCAUGCUAAAAAUCCACAAUAUAUUGAUAAAAAUUAUGGUGGUAUUUUAAUAAUUUGGGAUAGGUUAUUUGGUACAUAUAAAAAAGAUGAAGAGGGUGUAGAAAUGGAGUUUGGUAUUACUGAAGAAGUGAAUACAUUCUCUACAAUUUUUUUAAAUUUUCAUCACUUUAUUCAAAUGUAUAAUAUAUCAAAAAGAUUAAAAGGGUUGCACAAAUUAAAAGUAAUUUAUAAAGCACCCGAUUGGACACCGGAAAAGGAAUAUUUAGAAUCAGAAUUAAAUCCAAAAGAAUUAAAUAAUAAUAAUAAUAAUAAUAACAGCAAAAAUAUUUUAAUUGAAAAAAAGAUUACAGACCGUAAAAAGGAAUCGAUUAAUGAUACAUUUAGUAUAGUAAUGUGUGGCUAUUUAUUAUUAGAAUCUACAAAUAUUAGUAUGCUAUUAUCAACAUUGGAAACAUUUAAAUUUGAAUUUACAGAUGCAGAUAUCUAUAAAGUUGGUGCUGUUCUCAUUCUUCAAAUUGUGUUUGUUGGCUCAAUUCUCUCAAAAAACAAUAGUAGUCCAAUUACAAUUAUCAAGAAAUAUGAAAGCAACUAUGUUCCAAAAAAAUUAAAAGUUUCAUUCUUUGAAAUCUAUCCAUCACUUUCCAUUAUUCAAAUGUUAAGAUUAUUCGUUACCAUUGUUUUCUUUUAUCAAAUAAGCGUUUCAACGAUAACUCCUAAAAUUUAUGUAUUUUUUAACUUUUUAUUUAAAUUUACUGUAGCUCAAAUGUUUUCAUGGAUAAUCGCUAUAUUUUUCUCUUUUCAUAAAAAUAUUGUAGUUAAUUCUGAAAUACCAAAAUUAAAUUAUAAAAAACAAUAA